AUGAAACAUCAACAAAAGACCACCUCUACUUCUACUGGCAGUAAUGAUAACAAUACUACUACAUCCAGUAAAAGUAAAACCAAACUAACAACUCCUGCAUUGGAAAUACUUGAUGAUGGGAAAAUUAAAAAAGUACAAAAAUCAAGACAACGUAAAAUAUUAAGUUGUGUUUAUUGUCAUUCUAAAAAGACUAAAUGUUCAAAGACUUAUCCUGCUUGUACUAAUUGUAUUAAAUUGGGAUUUGAAUGUAAAUACUUUAUAAAUGAAAGAAUUAGUCGAGGAGGAAAGAAAACCGCAAGAUUAUCUGAUACUGAAAGACAAAUUAGAGGAUUAGUUGAAGAUGGUUCUUCAAAGGAAUCCACAGUAAUGGCAACUAGCGUGUCACAACCAGAAAGACUGCCACCUAAAACAACAACAUCAACAACAACUGCUAUUACAACAAGCACAUCCGACAUUGACUACUCAUACCCUGGAUCUAUUGUUAGUUCAAAUGCUAUUGACGAAUCGCCUCCUACGAGUCAUCAUGAGGAGCUAAUGGAUGUGGGCCAGUUUAAUAGUUAUCCCUCAAGUACAACUACAACUAAGAAUGCAGAAGAUGAUUUUGAUACAAAGGCAAUGGUUCAGGAAGAAAUGAAUCCUUUAACAUACUAUUCUUCCAUGUCGACAGAAUCUUCAUUAAAACUCACACCCAAUGAUUCUUCUUCACCUAAUCAACUCCUGUUGAUUAAUCAAAUAAACAAUGCUAUUUAUGAACCAGAUGGAAGUUCAACUUCUUCAGCUUCUACCAGUAAGAAUGAAGAUCCUUGCUUUUUCAAUUUAAGUCCUUUUACAGUUAUGAAUUCAGAGAAUACCCCAAUGAAUCCUCCUCAACAACAGCAACAACAACAAUCAACUGAGUCAGACACUUUGAUUAGCGUAAAUCAACAGCCCAACAAUCCAGGUUUACAUAACUCAUUGAAUGCCUACCCUUCAAAUCCAGCGACAACAGUCAAUUACUUAUAUGGCACAAACUCCUAUUAUUCGAAUGAAAAUCUAUUAGUUGACUUAUCAAACCAUCUCCCCAAUAAAGCUAGGUCAUUUGAAUUGAUUGAACGAUAUGUCAAAUCAGUACAUGUUUUAUUACCAAUCGUGGUCAAUCUCUCUGAUUUCCUCGGUGAGCAUGACAAAUAUUGGAAUCAUUUACCUGAUGAUUUCAAUUAUUUACAAUUCUAUACCUUAUAUUUCCCAAUCUUAUAUGCUGCCACAAUUUCAGAAUUUGAAGAAUACGAUAAUCUUUUAUUGAAUCAAGAUAUUGAUAAAUAUCUUCGAGCUUUCAAUAAAAUCUGUCAAUAUUAUAACUAUCCUCAUGGAAUCAAACAUAUCCCAUUAUUAUUAGGAAAUGUAAUUAUCCAAUCUACAUCCCCUAAUCCAUCUACUAUGGAAAUGUCCCAGAUUAUAAGAUAUGCCAAAUUUCUUCAAUUUCAUAAAGAUCCAAUCAUAACCCUUCGAAUCCAAGAUUGGGAAGUUAUAAAAUUCAGAAGAAUGUUAUGGUGGGUCAUAUUUGGAUUAGACGCCUUAACAUCCCAUAAUUUCUGUUUACCUCCAGUAUGUCGGAUUGAGGAUUUUAAUGUUACGAUGCCAGAAGCAACAGAACCGAUUUUUAAUAAUAAAGGAAUUGUAAUUGAAAAGAGAUUAAAUGUGGGGAUUUUAUCUAUGAAUAUUAAAUUCCAUUUCGAUCGAAUUUUAAGUGAAUUGGUAUAUCUGUUACAUAAUGGAUUAUCUUCCGAUAUUACCGAUGAACAAAUCCAAGAGAUAAAGACAAUGAUUAAGGAUUAUUAUCUAUAUGUGAAAAGUUCAAUUGCGAAAAUGAAUGAUGAACAUCGGGUGAAUCCCCCUGCAUCACAUGAAGAAGUCACAUUGUGUAAUUUUGUUAAGAAUCAUCUGUGGAGUUAUGUAGAUCGGGCAUUAAUGUUACUUCAUAAGAAGAUUUUAUUCAAUUCUACUCCUCGAAAAUCUCAACAAUCACUGGAAUUGAGUUUGGCUAAUAAGAAUCGUGGUGGGGUUUUGUCAUUAUCACAAUAUGAAGAUACAUUUGGAUAUAUUCAAGAAGCUAAUAUUAUUCAAAAUUUCAAUAAUUCUUCAAUUUCAUUACUUAAAUUCAAUCAAUUUGAGAAUUUCACCUAUACCAAUAUUUCCAAGAAUUUAAUCCCAUCCAUCCUUCAUAAUCUUAAUGAUUUCUUGAAAUAUAAUGAUUUCAUCAAAUAUGGGAAAUAUAACUGGUAUAUCAAAAGAACUAUCCCCUUGGAUUCAAUCAUCCUUAUGAUGAUCAUAAUCGCCGUGAAAUUUAAAUAUGAAUUCAUAAAAGUGGAUGAAUUAUGUAUCUUUGUCAAAUUGAUAAAUAAAGCUUUGUUUAUUCUUAAUCGAAAAUGGUUCAAGAAUGAAAAAUAUAAAAGAAUGUUGGGAUUAACCAAUUUAGUAUGGGAAUAUAUUCUCAAGAAAUUUGAUAUUAUGAAAACUAUUGGUUCAAAACUGAAUGAUACUACUGGAGGUGGUGAGUUUUUUGAUUAUCAAGUUAGGGGAUUAGUGAAUAUGAAUGAAUUAUUUAGUGUUAUGGAAGUCCCCCGUCCGAUUGAUUCGGAAGAGAAUAAUCAAGAUAUUGAGAAAUAUGAAAAGGGAGGAAGGUCUGAGAAGAUGAGUAAUGAGGUGAUUGGGAUUGAAUCGAUUAGUUUGUCAUUGGAGACGAAGGCAGAGUUGAGUCAAUUGAAUGAGAAGAUUUAUUAUGAUUUGAGACAUAAUUUUGUUGAUAUUAAUGAUUAUUGUGCUUUUUAUACAAGUUUGGAGAAUAUUUUACGUGAAUUGAUGGAUUAUAUGAAUGAGUAA